UGCACUUUGAGGUCUGUAUAAAUAUAAGUGUUGAUCUCAGCCAAGUGAGUUGUAGUAGAGAUAUAUAAUAAUCUGAUUAAAUAAUGUAUACAUAAAUCUGUGUUUGCAAUGUAAUAUUUCGAUGAAUGAUUCAUUGAGGUUCAUUAGAUUCUUUGCUAACAUUAAUGUCACUACAUUUGUCUAGCAUAAGAAUGAAUUUUUGUUCGUGACACGUCUAAAGAAGUCGGUAAGACGACGAUUUUUAGUUUUAUAUAUGAUAAGCGGGAUGGGUUUUUCUACGAGUUUACAAGGACAGUCAUCACAUGAGGCGUUACUCGCCCGUCAAGAUGCUGAAAUUAAACUUCUGGAAACAAUGAGACGAUGUUUAACGAUUAAAGUUAAAUCAGAUCGCGAAUAUGCUUCAACGAUCUGCUCUUUGACGAUGCAAGGGAAAAAGAUUGAACGUAAUGAAGAUCUUGUUGGUAGUCUAAUAGCACAAUACUAUAUUGUAGAGUUGGAAGGAUAUCAUGGACUCUAUUGAUCAAACAGCAAAGUUAAUCAAACAACAAGCAGAUUCUAUUGAAGCUAUAGUAGUUGAACAUAUUACAACAUUACAUUCUGAAAGAAGACGAGCUAGAAAAAUAUAUCAAGAAGAACAAACAUGGUUAAAUAAUCAAUUUCAACAGUUAACUGAUGAUGUUGCCAGGAAAAAAUUAGAAUAUCAGAAAAAUCUAGAAAUGUAUAAAUUGAUGAGAUCCCGUUUUGAAGAACAUUAUGUUAAAUCGGGUAGAGUUGGUAGAAAAUUGGAUGAAGUAAGAGAAAAAUAUCAAAAAGCUUGUAGAAAACUUCAUCUUACCCACAAUGAAUAUGUACUACUUUUGGGUGCUGUAACUGAGUGUGAGCAUGACUUAAGAACUUGUUACUUACCAAGCUUACUUCAUCGACAACAGGCAAUUCAUCAAGAAUUUAUAACAUCAUGGAAAACCAUACUUCAGGAUAUAGUGAAAUAUUCUGAUUUUACAACAGAUAAAUUUCAAGAAAUACAUCGGCGAAUGCAAAAAGCUGUGGAUUGUGUAAAACCUGUAGAAGAAUAUAGGGAUUUUAUAGGAAAACAUAGAACGCGACCUGCAUCUCCAAUAAGAUUUAUUUUUGAUGAGAAUCUUGUGGAUGAUACAUCGGGAAAAUUAUUACCAAAUAAAUUAACAGUAGAUAAUUUAACUAUAGAUUGGUUAAGAAAUCGAUUAACAGAACUAGAAAACUCAUUAAAAGCGACUCAACAAAGCCGACAAAACCCACAAUAUCCAUCGGAAAAUAAUAGCGAUUCUAAGAUAUCGAUUUUGGAUUAUUCCCGCGAAAGAGAAGAGUUACGUUUACGUUGUCAAGAAAAAAAACUUCAACGACAAGUGGAUGUUAUUAGAGCUGCUUUGAAUGAAUUAGGUUGUGAAGAAUUACCACUUGGUUAUGAUCUCUCAAUGGAAAGUUCUUUUGCUGAUUCGCCUUCUAUUAGUAAGAAAAAUACAGUUGCAGAUAUUGGUCUGUUUACAUUACGAAGAAAUCAACGAUUCAUGACAAUAUUUAGAUCUCCCUUCAAAUCUUUACCAAUAAUAAACGACACAAAAGAUGGAACAAUUAGAUCGAGUAGCGAAGGUCCUACUCCAAAAGCAGAUAAUACUCUACCAGUUGCAUCUUUUCGGAUUUCACAUUUAACAACUAAUCAGAAGGGAAAUGGAAAUGGAGGUCUUAUGGAAGAAGAAUGGUUUCAUGGUGUGCUACCAAGAGAAGAAGUUGUUAGAUUACUCGUCACUGAAGGAGAUUUUUUAGUACGCGAAACAACAAGAAAUGAUGAGUGCCAAAUAGUUUUAUCUGUCUGUUGGGAUGGACACAAGCAUUUUAUAGUGCAAACUACUCCUGAAGGACAUUACAGAUUUGAAGGCCCUACGUUUCCAUCAAUUCAAGAGUUAAUCAGACAUCAAUGGUUAUCCGGAUUACCAGUUACCAGUCGAUCUGGAGCUAUCCUCAAAACACCAAUUUUACGUGAACGUUGGGAACUUAAUAACGAUGAUGUAAUUCUUCUAGAAAAAAUAGGACGGGGUAACUUCGGAGAUGUAUAUAAAGCUCAAUUAAAAACCUGUAAGACUGAGGUGGCUGUAAAAACUUGUAAAGUAACGCUACCGGAUGAACAAAAACGUAAAUUUUUGCAAGAAGGACGCAUAUUGAAACAAUAUGAUCAUCCAAAUAUAGUAAAGCUUAUUGGAAUUUGUGUCCAAAAACAACCUAUUAUGAUUGUUAUGGAAUUAGUUCCCGGCGGUUCAUUGUUAACUUAUUUAAGAAAAAAUACUAAUACUAUUACACAACAAGAACAGCUUCGAAUGUGUAAAGAUGCAGCUGCAGGUAUGCGCUAUUUGGAAUCUAAAUAUUGUAUUCAUAGAGACUUAGCUGCUCGGAACUGUCUCGUAGGAUAUGAAUCUAUAGUAAAAAUAUCAGAUUUUGGAAUGUCACGAGAAGAAGAAGAAUAUAUAGUUUCAGAUGGUAUGAAACAAAUUCCAAUUAAAUGGACUGCACCAGAAGCAUUAAAUUUCGGCAAGUAUACAUCACUUUGUGAUGUAUGGAGUUAUGGAAUUUUAAUGUGGGAGAUAUUUUCUAAAGGUGGAAAUCCUUAUAGUGGAAUGUCUAAUUCUCAAGCUCGCGAAAAGAUAGAUGCAGGUUAUCGAAUGCCAGCACCAGAAACUACACCUGACGAAAUAUACCGUUUAAUGUUACGAUGUUGGGAAUAUGAACCUGAAAAACGUCCUCAUUUCGAUCAGAUAUACACUGUUGUUGAAACACUUUCUCAAGCGUAUUUAUAAAUAAUAAUAAGCUUAAAUUGGUGCUAAAAUCUUUGUAUCAUGAAUAUUAUUCUUUUCACAGUUUAUUAUAAUAAUCAAUUUUUUCAUAUAAAUCUUAUAAAAGUUCAGAUUAGAGCUUUAAAAAAUAAUGUUAAAACAUUUGCUAAAAGCGUAUACAUGAUAGAUUCAUGAUUUGCUAUGAAAAUCUCGCAAUAAUCUAUUUUAAAAGAAAAAAUUUUUAUACGCGACUAAAUAAAGAUCUUUAUGUAUAUAUAUAUUA